AUGAGGUCUCAGUUGUGUGGGCGGGACUUCCGGCGGCGCCCUCAUGGUUACAGGCUAAAGUGCGGAUCGGCUGAGUCGGCUGCAGGCACCCCUGCCUCCGUCAGCGUCCAGGUGACCGCCGUUCCCGCCCCGCUCUUCGCUGGCUGGACCGGAGGAGGCCGCGCCGAUGAACCUGACCGAGGGUCCAUGGCAGUGGCAGCAAUGCAUAAGGACCCUGCACAGGAGUGUAUGGUCUUUGAGGAUGUGGCCAUAUAUUUCUCCCGGGAGGAAUGGGGGAUCCUUAAUGAUGCUCAGAGACACCUGCACAGCAAUGUGAUGUUGGAGAACUUUGCACUUUUGUCAUCAGUAGGUUGUUGGCAUGGAGCCAAGGAUGAGGAGGUACUUUCCAAGCAAUGUGUUUCUGUAAGAGUGUUACAGGUCACAGCUCCAAAGCCAGCUUUGCCCACCCUGAAGGCCCAGCCCUGCAAGACAUGUAGCUCACUUCUGAAGGAUGUUCUGCACCUGGCUGAGCACGAUGGAACACACCCUGAGCAAGGGCUGGACACAUGUGCAGCAGAGCAUGACCUGCAGCAAAAGGAGCAGGCUAGAGAGAAGCUCACCAGAAGUGAUGAGUGGAGGCCUUCAUUUGUGAACUGCAGUGCUCACAGGGGAGAGAGGAACUUCACAUGCACACAGGGUGGCAGGGAUUUUACUGCCAGCUCAGACCUUCUCCAGCAACAUGUCUUGAACAGUGGGCGGAAGCUAUACAGGGAUACUCAGAAUGGGGAAAACUUUCAAGGUAAACAGAAUGAUUUCAACUCCAGCCAAGGUGGGAAAGACUUUUGCCACCAACACAGGCUGUUUGAGCACCAAAAAACCCAUAAUGGGGAGAGGCCUUAUGAGUUCAGUGAAUGUGAGGAAUUGUUUAGGUACAACUCCAACCUUAUUAAAUAUCAGCAAAAUCAUGCUGGAGAAAGGCCUUAUGAGGGCACUGAAUAUGGAAAGACCUUUAUUAGAAAGUACAACCUAGUUCAGCGCCAGAAAAUUCACACUGAAGGCUUUCUUUCAAAAAGGUCUGACCCCAUUGAACAUCAGGAGAUUCGCAGUAGACCAACACCUUAUGAAUGCACCCAGUGUGGGAAGGCUUUCCUUACACAGGCUCAUCUGGUUGGUCACCAGAAAAUCCAUACUGGAGAACAGCCCUACGAAUGCAACAAGUGUGGGAAAUUUUUUAUGUAUAACUCUAAACUCAUUAGACAUCAGAAAGUUCACACUGGGGAGAGGCAUUACGAGUGUAGCAAAUGUGGGAAAUUGUUUAUGGACAGCUCCACACUUGGUAGACAUCAGAGAGUUCAUACAGGAGAAAGGCCUUUUGAAUGCAGCAUAUGUGGAAAAUUCUUUAGUCACCGCUCCACACUCAAUAUGCACCAGAGAGUUCAUACUGGCAAAAAGCCUUAUAAGUGUAAUGAAUGUGGGAAAGCCUUUAGCCUCAAACAUAAUGUUGUUCAGCACCUGAAAAUUCACACUGGAGAACGGCCUUAUGAGUGCACUCAAUGUGGGAAGGCCUUUGUUAGAAAGUCCCACCUAGUUCAGCACCAGAAAAUCCACACUGAAGCAUUUUCAAAAAGGUAUGACCUCAUUCAACACGAGAGGAUUGACAUCAGGCCAAGGCCUUAUGGGUGUAGUGAAUGUGGGAAGGCCUUCCUUACACAGGCUUAUCUUGAUGGUCACCAGAAAAUCCAUACUGGAGAAUGGCCUUAUGAAUGCAGCAAAUGUGGGAAAUUCUUUUUGGACAGCGACAAACUUGUUAUUCAUCAGAGAAUUCACACUGGAGAAAAGCCUUAUAAAUGCAGCAAAUGUGGGAAAUUCUUUAGAUAUCGUUAUACACUGAAUAGACAUCAGAAAGUUCACACUGGAGAAAGACCUUACGAGUGUAGUGAAUGUGGGAAAUUUUUUAGAGAUAGCAACAAACUCAUUAUUCAUCAGAGAGUUCAUACGGGAGAAAAGCCUUAUGAGUGCAGCAACUGUGGGAAGUUUCUUAGAUACUGCUCUACAUUCAUUAAACAUCAUAAAGUUUGCAAUGGGGAGAAGCCUCAUGAGUGCAAUAAAUGUGGGGAAUUGUUUAGGAUUAAAUCGAGCCUUAUUACACAUCAGCAGUCUCACACUGGAGAAAGUCCUUUUAAGUUAAGGGAAUGUGGAAAAGACUUCAGCAACAAAUGUAAUAAUGGUCAGUGCCAAAAAAUUCACACUGGAGAAAGGUCUCAUGAGUGUGGUGAAUGCAGCAAAGUGUUUAAAUACAAUUCCAGCCUCAUUAAACAUCAGAGAAUUCACACUGGAGAAAGGGCUUAGGGCAGUGAAUGCAGGAAAGUCACCAAAAUCGUCACCUCAUUCAGCAUGAAAAAGUUCACAUCAGAGGAAGAACCUAUUAGUAUAUGUAAAUCUAAUGUUGAAAGAGUUCAGACAGAAAUCUGCGAGGAUUUCCUGCUGGGAACUAUGUUAAAAACAUUAUGGUCAGACGUGUGGCUCACGCCUGUAAUCCCAGCACUUUGGGAGGCAGAGGUGGACGGAUCACCUGAGGUCAGGAGUUUGAGACCAGCCUGGCCAACAUGGGGAAGCACCCAUCUCUACUAAAAACACAAAAAUUAGCCAAGCAUAGUGGCGGGUGCCUGUAAUCCUUCAGGAGGCUGAGCUACUCAGGAGCUACUCAGGAGGCUGAGGCAGGGAGAAUCACUUGAAUCCAGGAGGCAGAGGUUGCAGUGAGCUGAGAUUGUUCCAUUGCACUCCAGCCUGGGUGACAGGGUGAGACACUCUUAAAAAAAAAUAAAUAAUAAAAUAAAUUGUAGCAAAUUAUAGGUAACUUAAAAUCUAUCAUCUUAACCCAUAUUUAACUAUACUGUUCAGUAGCGUUCAGUCAGUCACAUUGUUGUCAAUUAAUAUCCAGUAGUUUUUUCAACUUUACGAAACUAAAAUAUUAUACCCUUUAAAACAGGGGCCCACAACCCCCAGGCUGCAAACUGGUACCAGUCUGUGGCCUGUUAGGAACCGGGCCAGCAUCACCACCUGAGCUCCACCUCCUGUCAGAUCAGCAGCAGCAUUAGAUUCUCAUGGGAGCGUGAGUCCUAUUGUGAACUGUGCAUGUGAGGGAUCUAGGUUGUGUGCUCCUUAUGAGACUCUAAUGCCUGAUGAUCUGAGGUGGAACAGUUGUAUCCUGAAACUAUCUGCCCCCUUCUCUGUCCCUGAUGCGUGGAAAAAUUGGCUUCCAUGAAACCAGUCUCUGGUGCCAAAAAGGUUGGGGACCGCUGCUUUAAACCACUCCUCCUCAUUCCCUACUCCGGCCCCUGACUACUACUACUGUAUGAAUUUUACUACU